UCUCAUGAGCAGUUUUAGCUAUACAUUUUGGAUGAUGGAGUUGAUAAAUUUUCCAAACCUUAUAUAAAUAAGACAAUCUGACUUCAUUUUACUUCUUAUGAUGAUAUAGAAUACUUAUAGACAAUGACAAUGGAACAUUUACAUAUAACAUUUUCAAACAUACACUGUGAAAAGUGUGAAACUGGUUUAUUCCAAGCAUUUUCCCAGUAUUUGAAAAUUACUAAUAUAGGCAAACAGAAACCAACAGAGGCAAAUUUGCAACAACUAGAAAGAGAUCAUGCCCUAUUCUAUUUAGAUGAUAAUGAUGUUGAUAUUUAUUAUAAAUCUAUAGUUGGUUCAACUAGUUCAUUACACAAGCUUAUCAAGAAAUUGAUUAAACAAGUUACCGUAUCGGGAUUCAAAGUAUUAUCAUGGGAACUUUACACUGAUGAGGAAUUACAACUGACAUCGAGUUCAAAUGAGAUUCGUAAUCAUUCUGAUGUUGAAGAACAUAUUGGAUUCUUUGAUAUAUUAAAUAUCUAUUCUAAAUUUACUUCAGCUAGAUCUAAGAGAAAUCAUAUUAAAAACUGUAUAGCAUGUCAACAAGAAAGAUUACAGAAACAACAAGAAGAAAAGGAAUUAUCAGAAACUGCUAGUGACUCAAGUACAGUUGAAACAGUAGUUAAUCAUCCAGAUAAAGAAUUUCGAGCUGUAUUUGCUAUAAUUGGAAUGACUUGUGUGGCUUGUGUUCAGUCUGUUUCUGAAGAAUUGAAAAGAGUACUAGCAGUUCAAGAUGAUGGGAAGAAACCUCCAGAAGAACAGUCAUAUGCGGUAAAUCUAAUCAAUAAAACAGCCGUUGUAAUCAUGCCAAAUAAACAACUCAUAAAUCGGAUUGUGGAUGCCAUCAAUGAUAUCGGAUUCGAAUGUAAACUUUUAGAAGUUUUACCAGUGGAAAGAAGUAUUAAUACGAAAGCUACUGCUAUAAUUUCAGGUAUGACUUGUGUGGCAUGUGCCAAUUCAAUUCAAGCUGCAGUUAAUGAGUUACCAUUCGUAUUGGAUAGUGGUAUCAAUGUGGUAACUAAAUCAGCUCAAUUCGUUUUGGAAGAUGAAGAUCAAAAGAAUCUUGCUAAAUUAAAAGAAACCAUUGAAGAUUGUGGAUUUGAUUAUGAAUUAGUUAAAUGUGAAAAGAUCAAUUAUACUUCAUCUAAAAAGAAAUCAAGAACCAUUAAUAUUAGUGUUGAUGGUAUGCAUUGUGAACAUUGUCCUAAUUUAAUUAAUAAUUAUUUAUCAAGUUAUGGUGAAGCCAUUGUAAUCAAUGAUGAAAUCAGUUUAAAUCAUCCAUAUAUUAAAUUCACCUAUAUUCCAAGUCAAAAUUUAACUAUUCGAAAACUUUUAUUUGAUUUAAAUCAUAUUGAACCAACUGAUGCUGAAGAUGAAUAUAAAAUCAAUCCAGAUAAAAAAGGAUUGUUCAAUUGUGAAUUAGUAGAACCAUUAUCUAUUGAUGAACAUGUCAAAAGAUUACAUAAAAAGGAAUUAUUGGCUAUUACAGGAAGAUUAAUUUUGACAUUUGUAUUUGCCAUUCCUACCUUUAUAUUCGGUAUCGUUGCUAUGUCAUUAUUACCAUCUGAAAAUAAAUUUAGAAAAUGGGUUGAAGAACCGUUAUGGACAGGGAAUGUAUCAAGAGUUACUUGGAUACUUUUCUUUUUAAGUACUCCUGUAUAUCUUUUUGCCGCUGAUGUUUUCCACAGAAAAGCUAUUAAAGAAGUGCUUUCAUUAUGGUUACAUAAGAACUCAUUUAAAUCAAGAAUCUUUAAAUUUGGUUCUAUGAAUUUAUUAAUGUGUUUAGGUACAUCAAUUUCAUAUUUUGCCAGUAUUGUAUUAUUAAUAUUGAGUGCUCAACAAUCGGCAGAUACUCAUAUGGGAUUACAUACCACUUAUUUUGAUUCGGUAGUAUUCUUAACAUUUUUCUUAUUGAUUGGUAGAUUACUUGAAAGUUAUUCCAAGGGUAAAACAGCUAAUGCUAUCGCUUCAUUAAGUUCAUUGAAAGUAAAUGAAGCAACAGUAGUUGAAAAUGAUGGAGGUUCAAAUUAUUUCAAUGAUACAGUCGUUGAUGUUAAAUUCCUUGAAUUUGGAGAUUUUAUUAAAAUUGCAUCAGGAGAAUCACCCGCAGUAGAUUGUGUGAUAAUUGAAGGUAGUUCAGAAUUUGAUGAAUCAGCUUUAACCGGUGAAUCAACUCCUGUGAAACAUACACCCGGGCAUCAAAUUUUCUCCGGAACAGUCAAUGUUGGAAAUAAUUCAAUCGUGGCUAAAGUUAUAAGUAUUGGUGGAGAUUCCCUUAUUGAUCAAAUUGUCAGUACAGUUAGAGAUGGUCAAUUAAGAAAAGCUCCGAUUGAAAGAACUGCCGAUAUUUUAACUGGAUAUUUCGUGCCUGUUAUUACUGUAUUAGCUAUAAUUACUUGGGUUAUAUGGUUGUCAUUAGGUGAAAGUGGAUCAUUACCAGCACAUUAUUUAGAUAUUGAUGUUGGUGGAUGGAUAGUUUGGUCAUUAGAAUUUUCUAUUGCUGUAUUUGUGAUUGCAUGCCCAUGUGGAAUUGGGUUAGCUGCUCCUACUGCAUUAUUUGUUGGUUCAGGAUUAGCUGCUAAAUAUGGUAUUUUAGCUAAAGGUGGAGGUGUAGCAUUUCAAGAUGGAGCCAAUACUAAUGUGGUUUGUUUUGAUAAAACUGGUACUUUAACUAAAGGAGAACUUCAAAUUACAGAUUAUUCAUUUAAUAUUCCACAUAAGGAACAAUCUAGAGUUGUAAAAUCAUUCGCUUUACAAGUUGCUCGUGAUUUAGAAUUAGCCUCAAAACAUCCAUUAGCAAAAUGUAUGAAAUUAUUUUUAGAUAAUUAUGCAUUUAAGAAACAUGAUAUUAAAAUAUCGCCUAACAAAGUUCCUCAAGUUGAGAAUAUUCCGGGUAAAGGAUUAACAGGUGAUAUACUUAUAUCUGAAGACGAUAAAUCCGAUACAAAUGAUGUGUGGAUGGAAUAUAAACCCACUGCUGCUAUCUUAGGUAAUGAGAAAUUAUUUCAAGAAUAUGCCAUUGGUAUUAAUCAAGACCAACAAGAUUUAUUACAUCAAUGGAAACAAGAAUGUAAAUCAAUCAUUUUAGUAGGUAUAAAAUGUGAAGCCCUUUAUAAAGAUGAUAAAUUCCAUCUUGUAUUGAUGACUGCUGCUAGAGAUGAAAUCAGAGUUGAAACCAAAAAAGUGAUUCAAUAUUUAACCAAAACUUUAGGUAUUGAAUGUUGGAUGAUUACUGGUGAUAAUAGAGGUACUGCUGAAGCCAUUGGACAAGAAAUUGGUAUUACUAAUAUUGUUAGUGAAGUUUUACCUGAUGAAAAACAAGCUCAUAUUAAACGAAUUAGAAAUUUAAAAGAGAAUACUAUAAUUGCUAUGAUUGGGGAUGGUAUAAAUGAUGCUCCUGCAUUGGCUACAGCUGAUGUUGGUAUUGCCUUAUCAAGUGGAGCUGAUUUAGCUGUUACCUCAUCAGAUUUCAUAUUAUUAAAUAAAUCAUAUCCAUUAAUUUCAUUAUUAACCUUAUUGGAUUUAUCAAGAGUUGUAUUUAGAAGAGUUAAAUUCAAUUUUGCUUGGAGUUUGAUAUAUAAUGCCAUUGGGAUUCCUGUUGCAGCUGGGGUGAUUUAUCCUUAUAAUAACACUCGAUUAAAUCCAGUUUGGGCCAGUGUAGCUAUGGCUGCAUCAUCAAUUAGUGUGGUUUCAAGUAGUUUGGCAUUGAAAUUUUAUAGACCAAAACUUAAGACUAAAGAUUUUGAAAGUUUGAUUAAUGAAACUGUUGAAGGUGGAAUUUAUGAACCAAAGGAAUAUUAAAUGAUUUGUAUAUAUAUAU